GGGUGAUCCAGACCGAUUCUAUAGAGCCAGCAUCGCCUGGCCCACUUCAACGUGCCGAUUCAUUGUCGGCCAGCCUUCUCACCCGGGGUUCGCACAAAUUUCUCCUCCUGAAGCUCAAUGAAAGCCUGCGUGACUUAGCCAUGCAUACACAGUGGUAAUGUUCAGGAGACAGUUCAAUUUUCGCCGAAAGGCGGCGGAUGACGACGAGGAUACCCGCAGGCGGAGAACCUUAUCAACGCCGUACUCUCAGGAUGCUACGGCCACAUCACGCGAACCAUCUCCUGGUGGGAGUUCAAUCAACAGCAACCCCAACUCCAUCAACCGCCAGAUCACAGGCUCCGCACAAUCCUCAGUUGAUCCACCUGCAGUUUCCCGGCAUGGCAGGUGGACCUCACUCUUACAAUCGGAAUCGUCAACCCGCGCCUCGGAAUCCUCCGGACGUGACCCCCUAGGCCUCAAGGUGGUCCACCGGCCUGAGGGCGAACGCAGGGUUGACAUCGUGUUUGUGCACGGUCUAGGAGGAAGUAGUCGACUGACAUGGUCACACAACCGUGAUCCUGAUUACUUCUGGCCAUUGAAGUUCCUCCCUUCUGAACCGGAUAUUAACGAAGCUCGUAUCCUGACGUUUGGAUACAAUGCCAACUUCCGGCCAGGGAGCGGGAGGAACAAGAUGUCGAUUCUCGAUUUCGCCAAGGAUCUCUUGUAUGAUUUGAAGUAUUCUCAAGACAAUUCCGGCCGAGGCCUCGAGGACUUGCACAUGGGGGAGCGUCCCAUCAUAUUCAUCGUUCAUUCUAUGGGCGGGCUUAUCGUGAAGGAGGCCUAUAUGCAAGGCCAAAAUGACCCGGCCUACGACUCUAUCAUCAGCGCCGUCUCGGCCAUCAUUUUCCUGUCGACGCCACAUCGCGGCACCAACUUGGCUGAAACCCUAAACCGCAUCCUACAAGUUUCCUUCGCCACUAGUCCAAUGCAAUUCAUCUCGGAGCUCUCAGCCGGAUCCCAAACGUUGCAGAAGCUCAACGAGCAAUUCAGACACGUCGCCCCUAAGUUGGACAUUUUCUCGUUCUAUGAAACGCGCCCAACGCCACUAGCAGUGUUCAAAAAGUCACAGAUAAUGGUCUUGGAGAAAGACUCGUCUGUUCUAGGCUAUCCCGGGGAGAUAUCAAAGCCCCUAGAUGCAGAUCAUCACGGUGUGUGCAAAUAUACCAGUUCGUCGGACCCCCGGUACGUCACCGUCAGAAAUGUUUUGAAGACGCUGGUUGGGAAGGUCAAGUUACGCGAUCUGGAUAAUGCCCCUAAGAAGCCUGCGGUGACCGACUUUGCGGAAUACCUCUCUCUUCCCGAAUCACCUGAUGCAGACUACAACUUCUUUCGAGAUCGCUGGACCCCUGGUACGUGCAGUUGGAUUCUCAACAAUGAGACGUUUACCGGGUGGGUUGGCGACACGGGACCAAAACCGCGUAUCCUUUGGGUACACGGAAAUGCUGCCAGUGGAAAGUCCAUCCUGUCGUCGUUUCUCAUUAACUACCUCGUCGAGUCGGGCGUCCCAUGCCACUACUUCUUCAUCAGGUUCAUGUCGCAGGAGAAGCGUGGCAUGAAUAUGAUGCUGCGAUCCCUGGCGUACCAACUGGCAAAUACAACGCCAGCGUACGCAGAGAGGCUCCGGCAACUGGAAGCUGCCGGGACUGAUCUCAAGACAACGGAUUACCGGAACCUAUGGCAAUGGCUGUUCAAGCAGGCUCUCUUCCAACUGGAUUCCCUUGACCGGCCACUGUACUUUGUCAUCGAUGGAAUGGAUGAAGCCGAUCGACCAGCCUCGAUCAUUAGGCUGCUGGCAGACCUCCAUGCCACAUCGCUGCCUAUCCGCCUUCUGAUGGUCGGCCGGAACACGCACGAAAUAUCGUCGGCGUUUCAGAGAAUGGCAAGGCAAGUGGACACGGAAAGCAUUCGCAUCGAAGCAAACCCUACCGACUUCCGAGCUUACAUUGACUACGAAAUGGAUCUUGGUGGGGAUGCCGAGUACCGCCACCAAGUCACUACGCAGCUCCUCGACCGGGCAAGGGGCAACUUCCUUUGGCUGCAUUUGGCAGUCCAGAGAAUCAACUCGUGUCACACAAAGCCGGAUGUUGAGAAGGCACUGACAGAGCUGCCAUCCGGAAUGGAGGCCCUCUAUGACAGAAUGGCACUCUCGGUUGAGGCAGCGUCCGAAGGCGGGAAUCGAAAACUCGGCCAGACGAUUCUUGGUUGGGCCACCUGCGCUAGCCGGAUGCUGAAGGUUGCGGAGCUCGGUGAUGCGCUGGGCCACGAGUCUGGCCUGCUCGAGAUUCACAGGACCAUCGCUGAGCUCUGCGGCGGGUUCGUCACGGUGGACCAAGAAGGCAGGGUGGCCAUGAUCCAUGAGACGGCGAGAGAGUACCUCACACGCGGGGCCGAAAAGGGGCGGUCCCUGACCAUCGACAUCCAAUCCACCAACGAUAUGCUUCUGAAGCGCUGCAUCGCGCGGUUGACGGACCCGACGUUGCGUGGCCAGAUCAACCAAGGCAGGCCACCGCCCCUUCUCGGGUACGCCACAAUCGCCUGGCCUCACCACUUGGCACUCUCCUCUGCCCUCACGCAUGCUGACGCUCUGGAGACCGUUGCAAAUUUUCUCAAGAGCCCUCAUGUCCUCACCUGGAUCCAUGUCGCUGCAAAGUCCAAGGAGCUUAGGGCCUUGGUUGCGGCCUCCCGCCAUCUGGCCGACCUUUCAGCCAAGCUGCGAAGGAAGAGGAAUGACGAUGACUCCGUCACAGGCCGUCAGGCAGCAGCCAUUAUCGAGGGCUGGGCUACGGACCUCGUCAAGAUCCUUGGCAAGUUUGGAAGCACCUUGAGGUCACACCCGGACUCCAUCUAUAAGCUGAUACCUCCUUUCUGUCCCGAGGAUUCCAUGAUCUACCGGCAGUUUGGUCGCAAGGAGAGCAGGGUGCUCCACGUAUCUGGAUUCAGCAGCAGCACCUGGGACGACUGUCUCGCGCGCUUCUCGCUCACUCCGGGCGCAGUUGCCUCUUCAGUGAUCAGUGCGGGUGGUCGGAUUGCACUCCUAAGCGUCACCCGAAACAAGAGCCAAAUCAUCGUGUACAACGCUUCCACCCUUGAGGAGCAGCGACGCAUCUCGCACCCCGAGCGUGUCCUGAGCAUCCAGGCGAACAAGUUGGGCGACGUGCUUGUUAGCUACGGAUACGCAACUACCCGAGUUUGGGAUGUGUCGACGGGAGACUGUCUCAAAAUCAUCAAAAACCCGGCUAAGCGGCCCCGGCCUCACUCCAUUAUCUUUGCUGAGAAGAGAAACGCCAUUGUCGUCUGCGGCGAGGACAGACGCAUUAGGACCUGCUCACUCGAUGACGACUCAGUUGAGUGGACUGUCCAUUCACAGAUCGAUGAGGAAACCCUCCUGGACACAGUCGUCAACUUCCCCAUGUGCUCGGCGCUCAGCCCUGAUGGCAGUAUGGUUGCAUUUGGGUACCGUAAUCACCCGCUUACCGUGUGGGAGCUGGAGCCGCCAAUGCUGCUAGGGCAAUGCUAUAUUCGCCUCGAAGAAAAGGAUAGUAUGACUAUCGAAAAGAGGGCGUGGGGAGAGGUAUUCCAUGUGGCAUGGCAUCCCCUCAGCGGCGAUGUGUUCGGCCUGACGCAAGUUGGGUUAUUGUUCCGAUGGGACCCGCAUGAGGAGGAGACCACCGCCGCCGUCCAGUCUGUCGGAGACUGUCUUGCCGUCAACCACGACGGCUCCCUGGUCGCGACGGGUGACGGAGUAGGGACGAUCAAAAUAUUUGCAGCGGCUGACUUGUCCAAACUCUACCAGUUGUCGUCACAGGACCCCGUGCUGUACCUCUCUUUCAGCACCGACUCCAGACGGCUGUACGACGUACGGGGUCUGUACGGCAACGUGUGGGAGCCCAACACCCUGGUGCGCCUCGCAGACUGCCCGGACUACUACAGCGAUGCACACAGCGAGACGGAGAGUCUUGCAAAGGCGUCACUCCUAUCCGAGCACCACUUUGCCAGGGUGGACCGCGUCAUCAGCGUGGCAGGUCAGUCUUCGGGCCCCCUUUACUGUUACGGAACGGAAAAUGGUGUGGCAACCCUCUGUGAAGCCGGUCGAGGCAAGGUCUGCGAGCUGGCCAGGUUGGCCAGCUACAUGCCGAUCGAGCAUGUGGCAUGGAGCGCCGACGGAAAGCUCGUGGCCCUUGCUGACCUCAGCGGAAAGCUAGCAGUUAAGACAGUUAACCGGUCUGGCGAUCGGCGGGACACCUGGCGCACUUCGCAUGAAUUCGAGGUCCUAAUCCCUCCGGAAGACGGCAACAUCAUCAGCCAGCUCAUCUUCCACCCCACUGGGACCAAGCUCUUUGUCGCCACGCCGGUAAAAGUCUUAUCCGUUAACGUCAAAUCUCGAACCGUGACCGAAUCUGUGCUGGAGACUGGACCAACAGGAACGCUCAAAGUGAAGUGGGCAUGCCACCCGAUGAACUCAGACACGCUCCUAGGUUUCGGCAAUACCAAGGUGCAUGUGUUCGACUGGAAGGAUCUCCGGCAGACAGAAGCUCACACCUACUUCCCGCCCCGCAUGGGGAGGUCUUCGACUAUCGCGAUAUCCUCCCCCCGGGCCUACGGACGCGCUGGGAGCUUUCAGCGAGAUACCGAGACGUUUGGAAGGUUGAUCACCAACAUCGACUCCCCGGAUAUCUUGCUAGAGAUUUCGGCCACUACCGCGUCUGGUCAAUUUGAGAGCCAAUAUCUGUUGUUUGACAUUGCAAAUCUCCGGCUCGGUGAAGCCGAUCAGGAAGGGCCUCCUAGUGGUGGUAGGACCUUGCCCUACACGGUUCUGGCGGCGGAUAUCGCUUCACGGAUCCGGGAGCCCCUCGCGAUACUGUCUCGUAGAAGACUGGUCUUCCUCGACGUCGAUCGUUGGGUCUCUACGUGGAGGUUGCCAUCGUCAACUGAGGAGACGACCGCUGGACUCGAGGCGGCGAGGGUCUCGGAUGGGAAUCCGGCGGUAGAACAGUACUAUUUUCUUCCGGGUGAUUGGGUGACGGGCACUGACACCCGCCUAUGCACUGUCACGCCCGAUGGGACGUUGCUGUGUCCCCGCAAUGGGGACGUGGUGACCGUCCAGGCUGCAAGGCUUCGGAAAUAACGGGUGAAAAGCGGGACCUUGGAUGGAUAAUCGCCAUGGUCACCACGGAAAAGGGUCCCAUUUCUGUAAAUAAUUCAGGAUUCGUCCUGAGGUUGACGAGCC